AUGGCAAAAAUGAACUAUAAAAGUUGUCUUAAAAAGCUUCUGGAUAAUGAAUUUUCUAUUUCAUCAAACGACAAAAAUCGGUUCAUUUCUGGUUACAAAUCUUUGAUCGAUAUUCUGCAAGUGCCCGAAAUAAGUAAACAGUUACAUGGCUGUCAUGAUUUGCUCUUUGAUUGUAUAUCACAAAUCAUUCUUACACCAUUUAAUCAUGAUUUCGACGAUGAACAAUUACGUGCAUUACUGGAAUUGGCAUCAAAUGCACGUGUUUUAACUAUGUCACAAAAUCAAAUUAUUGAUGGAUGGUUACAAAAUGUUGAAGAUCGAAUAUUCGAAAAGCCAGAUGAUAAUGAUGACGAAGAAGAAGAUGAUGAUGAUGAUUUAUAUGAAGAUGCAAGUGAAAGCGAAGAGGAAGAAGUGAAAGAUAUAUAUAAAAAAUUGCAUCAAGAUGGAAGAAAUCAACGGCAACAGAAACAUGUGACCUUUGUUGAAUCAAGUUCAAUGGCAGCAAAGGGAAAGACUUCAUCUUCAACACAAAUCUUAUCUAAUCAACGCAAUGGUCAUGUUGCACAUAUUCGUGAUCAGCAAAAUGAAGGUCAUCGAAACGAUAUUCCGGGAAAGUCAAACCCGAAGGUAAACAAAAUGCAAAAAGAAUCUGAUUCUAUUCGAGGCAAGGGACGUCGAGUAGCUCCUUUCGAUAACAAAUAUGGUGUUGACCUUCGAAAAUAUGAUUGUUACCUAUGCGGAGAAUACGGUCAUGUUCAGUACGAUUGUCCUCAAAAACCAAAAAGCACCGCUCGAGGUAAUGCGCGCGGUAAUAACCGUAAUAAAACUGAGCGAAAGCGUUCGAAUUCUUCAUCAUCCUCAUCAUCAACUGAACCAACAACUAUAAAUGAAGCAGAUCAUAAUCGAGUACAACAUCUUUAUAACAUAUCAUCUAAACUUCUAAAUAGUUCUCAAUCGGCUGAUGAGCGUACCCAAACAUUCGAAUUAUUUCUUUCAUUGACUAAAAAACUUCAAGAUUGCCAUGGAACAAAUCUUUUGAAAACUUUUCAAGACAAAGAAUCCACAUUUUAUCCGCUUUUCUGUCACAUUGCUCAAAAUGAUUUUCUCUUCACCAAUGAACAAUAUCAGAAGAUUUAUGAAUUGAGAACUGUUCUAUUACCAACAAAAUCCAACUGUUUGAAUGCUGAUCGUUCGAUUUUCUGUGCACAACGUCAACUAAUGGCUUUAACAGUCAUUGAAAAACAUUUGACAAAUGCGACACAGAUGCAACCGACAAUAUUCAAUGACUUUCAAGAAUAUAUCAUUCGUUCAACUCCACCAAUAUCUCCGAAUUUAUAUGACUUAAUUAGAAAUGUACUCAGGUCAAGCAUUUAUAUUGAUAAACAGUAUUUGGAUAAUUUUACUGCGAGGAUCUUAUUUGAAAAGAAAAAAGACAUUUUCUCUACUGAACAACUUCAAGAAUUUCAUUCCUGUUUGGACAUGCGAAUGAAACGAUUCGAACGAAAUAAUCAAAAACAAGUUUGGAAAGAACGUUUAAAUUCUUUCAAAAACGAUCAAUUCAUCGGUGAUCUCAAUCAAUGGUUAACUGAAUUUGAACAAAUUUUGAAAUCAGAUUCCGUGGAUGUGAAACCAACUUCAACUAUCAUCGUCGACCAUGCAAUGUGGUACUUCGCCAUCUUAUUCAUGAGCAGUAGCGGUCAUUUAAGUAGAGAACAAUUUGACAAUUUGUUGAAAUCAGCCAUUCAAUCAUCGUUGUUUAACGCGAAACAAAAAUUCUACUUUGAAUUCUAUUUAAACCAAGGUCACGCACCGAUUAUGUUUAGUGAAUUAAAACAAAUCAAAGCAAAAUUAGAAGCGGACAAUCAGGAAGGGAAACAUGCUGCAUACGAAGACAUUCUCAAAGUAUUAGAAAGACUUAAACCCGAAUUUCACGUCGCACAAGAAAAUGAACAAACAUCCACAAAAACAGACGAUACAAUUCCAAUUAUUGAUAAUCAUGUUCUUCUCUACCUUAUUUCUCUCAUUGAAAUAAUUUGUUCGGACACUAAAGCCUUCUCAGAUGAACAAUGUAAAAAUUUACUUGAUAACUUUCUCGAUCGAUCUUCCAUAGUUCGUCCGCUAUCCAACAUUGAACAACAACGUAUAAAAACGUUCUAUAAACGUCCAAUGUCGUUGUAUGAAAUGAAAAAACUUUGUACAUCAAGUCAAUUUGAUGUCGAACAACUUGUGUCAAUCGUUCAAAACCAAAAUUUCUUGACAAAUGAAGAAAUACUCGAUUAUCUAACCCAAAAUAUUGUUGAAAUAUUUGCAAAUCGACGAAAAUUCUCCCGUGAGAAAUGUGAAGAACUAAAAUCUCUUAUCGACAAGAAGACAUUUGGAAAACAGCGCUGUCGAUUAAUCAACGAAUCAUUUGACAAACAUCGCUCUCACAGAAACAUACUUCCCUUGAUCGAUCCAACGAUUCUCAAUCAACUCCUAACAAAAAUCUUCGAAAAAGAUCAUCAAGCUCAUUUACAAUUCUUUACUCUGCUAGAAGAUUUUUCUCAACGAACAGAUUUUGAUGAAAUGACAAUCCAAUUUGAAAUCAAUCGUUGUUUAUUCUCUUCAAUUAUUCUCGUCAUAUGUGAAAAUAACUUUUCGAAUGAGUCAAAUCCUCACUUCUAUCGUCAACAUUUGAAAGCCAUUAUUGAGAAACAAUCCGAAUUUUUCGCAUAUUUGUUUACAGAACAACAAUACAAAUUCGUUCUUUCGCGUUUACCGUCAUCAUCCAAUCUCGAUCGAUUAAUUGAAUCAAUUAAAAACAAGUUCAAUGAAGAUACUUAUGAAAAACUAAUCCAUUUGGUUGAAAAUGAUCUUCGAGAGAAAAGUGAUAUGGAUAAAUUAUUUAAUUUUAUCCUAUCGACAUUUGAUAAUCAAUGUUUAACAAUCGCUCAAACACUUCAAUUGGCAAAUCGAACGAUUGAACUCUCUAAAACGUUGAAAAAUUCUCUACAAUUCCUUGUUGAUCUUCUCCAGCAGAAUCUUCAUGUUUCACCGAAGAACCUAUUGAAUUCGAUCGAAACUCAUCAAUCUACCGAUCAAACUCGACAUCAAAUUAUCAUAAUAUUAAAAACUCCGAACGCAAAAUAUGCCAUAGCUGAUUGGAAGAAAACAAUGAUUCGUAUCAUAACCAUCCUACAUGAUCAGAAUAACAAUAAUCAACAGUGGCAGAAUAUUGCUCAGCAAUCGACUAUGUUUCACGCUCCCAUAUUUCGACAACAAUUAGAUCUAUGUUUCAAUCAUCAAUCGGAUGAAAACAAAGAACCUUCGACUGUACGGAAAAGUACGGGCAAGAUUGAUCAAUCUGUCGCACAUCGAGAAAUGUUUCGUCGUUUGGAAUCUGAUGAUCCAGCAAUGUAUACAAUCGUUGUAGAAAAACUGCAUUCGUGUCUCGUGAAUAAACAACUAUCUGGAGAGAUUUCUCUUCAAAAAUUUAUUCAAGCUUUACAAACAGUAUUUAUGAAAACGCGUAAGUUCAGUCAGAUAUCACUCGACGAAUGGGCUACUCUGAUUGAAAACAAUCGAAGAAAGAUUUUUGCAACAGAUGAUCAAUGUGAUCAAUUACUGAUGAAUAUUCUCUGUGCUCGACUCAAUCUACCAAUUGAUACAUUGAGUUCUUUAUCUCGGUUGAUUCAAUCGAAGAAAGCUCAUGAACGACAUGACGGACUGCAAAAAUUGAUUUUGAUUCUACAAAACACUCCGUUGACGAAUAAAAAAACUUUAUGGGAUAAUUUACCAACUAUAUCAAACCCGCUCUAUGACAUCGUAACGCGUGUUAUAUUUGAUGAAAAGUACAAUAACAAUCAAGUUCGACAAUGUUUAACAGCUGCGAAAAAGACAUGUUUAUUCAAUGUCGAACAUCGAAAGAAACUGAAUGAGAUUCCGUGA